UGUGGAUAUCCAGAACAUACGUCCUGAAAGUACGUUUGAAGAUGACGAAUUUAUUGAUGAGACUGUUUUAUGCACUUGUCUUGCACUCUACUCCUUUGAAGCCACGGAGGGAUCAUCAUUGAGUUUACAUGCUGAUGAGACAUAUGAUGUUAUGGAGUACGACAGUGGAGAUGGUUGGACUCGAGUACGGAAGGGCAACGAAGAAGGAUAUGUGCCAACCUCUUACAUACAGAUUGGAUAAACUAUAUACUAAUUAUAUGAUUUCGUAUAGAUUAAUGGAGGGGCGAUUUUGGUACAUACUACACAAACACACACAAACAUGUUGCAUUUAUACAUUCAUGCAUAGUCCCUAUAAAAAAUAACAUA